GUUGGUUGUGGAUUGCUCCUCAGCUGCUCUCAGCUCUUGGGGGAAUGUUCUUAGGCCAAGCCAAGCAAAAGUGAAAUAAAUCUUGCGCGUGAUCCAAAAAUAACGCCGUGAAAAAAUAUCUGCAAAAGGGGGACAAAAACAGAGCGCGUGCCAAGUGCUCAAGUGAAAAUGUUUACGCGAGGAAGGCACCAAAGUUAAUCAGUUCGGAAAAGUAGGAAAAGUUGCCAAAGUGAUUUAUUUCGAGUGUGUUGCAAUCGUUACUGAAUGAAAAGGAAUCGAAAAUAUCGUCGAUUUAUUUGUGCAAACCCACUGAAAGUGACAAAUGAAAAUAUUUGAGCCUCGGCUCUGCCAAAAUUGUUUUGCGCAUCUAUCGGCUAGAUCAAAGAUUAAAACAAAUCAGCCGAAAAUUGUUUUGACACACAAAAGGAGAAGUGAAAACUUUCGCAGCAAAUGAAAUACGGAAAAAACGCGAGGCCUGGACAAAAGAACAUGCUAAACAUCGCAAGUAAAUAAAGUGGCAAAAAACUAUUUAAGACGCUCAAGGAAACUCCAUGUAAAUACGGUGUCCGGAAAAUGUGAGCGAUUCGGAUUUGGACACAACAAAGAAGGCAACAAACUGCAAAAAGAAAAACAAUUAGUAAUUCGGGAAAGCUGACGGAAUGUGAAAAGUUUGCAAGGACUAAAAUUAAUACAGAAAGGAGCAGCACAAAGCAGGACAAUCCCGACGGGGCAGAAAGCAAAGCCAUGAAGUUUCGUUUGGCAGCAUUUUGGCUAUUUUUGCUGACAGUUGGCGGCAAUCACAAGCAAUUAAGCCAUGAUUGCGCUGGGAGCAUGGCCAUGGCGAUGGCCUCAACUGAGCAGCGGCAUACAGGAAAUGAACUGGAAAAUGCACUGAAAUUGCGUGUAACCUCAAAGCAAACUCGGUUUAUUGGGGACAUCACGACAACAGCUCAUCCGGAUAGCUCAACCGCCACUCUCGCCACCAGCACCGCCGCAUCCACAGCCGGCAGAUUGAUUGGCCAUCAUGCGAUGCGGCGAGCCAAGGCCGUCACUCCAUCGUCCCCGGAUUUGGAGCUGUAUUUCAGGGAGACAAUGGCACAGCUCUUUGCCAGCGAUGAAACGCCCAGUGGCGUGGCAAGUGACAAUCCCGUGGCCUCAUCAUUGGCCACAGAUCCCAGCCGCGGCGAAGCAACAACCACACAUCAUCCGGGACGCCGACAUGUGGUGCCCGACAAGUUGCAGUACACCAAGGAGAUCCAGGUGAAGCAGGGCCGCCUUAUGGGCAUCACCCGUCGCUUUCAGGUGACCAGCGGCCUCAAAGAGGUGGACCAAUACCUGGGCCUGCCCUAUGCAGAGGCGCCCACUGGCAGUCGACGCUUUAUGCCGCCAGGUGCCCCCUUGCCUUGGCAGGGCCUAAAGAUAGCCCGUCACCUACCACCGGUCUGUCCUCAAAAGUUGCCGGACAUCCCGCCCCAUGGCAGCGGUAACAUGUCUCGCGGCCGCCAAAAACACCUGAGUCGUCUGCUGCCCUACCUGCGAACGGAGAGCGAGGACUGCCUGUACCUCAACCUGUAUGUGCCGCACGAUGAAACUCUGAGUGCCCCCAAGCAGUAUGCCGUUCUGGUUUACCUGCACGGCGAGUCCUUCGAAUGGAACAGUGGCAAUCCGUAUGAUGGAUCAGUCCUGUCAAGUUAUGGCGAGGUGAUUGUGGUGACCGUCAACUACCGCCUGGGAGUGCUGGGUUUCCUGCGGCCCAGCAUCGAUGCCCACAAUAUAGCCAACUAUGCCCUGCUCGAUCAGAUAGCAGCCCUUCACUGGAUCAAGGAGAACAUCGGUGCCUUUGGCGGCGACAAUUCGCGCGUCACGCUUAUGGGACACAGCACGGGAGCGGCGUGUGUCAAUUAUCUAAUGGUAUCGCCGGUGGCCUCAGGUCUCUUCCAUCGCGCCAUCCUAAUGUCCGGAUCCGCCAUGUCCGACUGGGCCGCCAGCAAUCAGUCGCUGCAAUUGACCAUGCAAAUAGCCCAUGCCCUCGACUGUCCGCUCAACGAGCACGUGGAGGCGGAGGACGAUGAUGUCCUGCUCGAUUGUUUUCGCCAUCGUCGCUACCAGGAUAUCUUGCACAUACCAACGACGCUCACACAAUUUUCAACAUCAUUGGGUCCAAUUGUCGAUGGACAUGUAAUACCAAAUCAACCGUACAAGGUCAUGGGGCAUUAUACGGAGCACUUCAGCCGUUAUGAUUUAUUAUUCGGCAUCACGGAGUCAGAAUCCUAUCACACACUGGCCGCAUUAGCACUCGAGGAAGGAUUACGUGAAAAUGAACGCGAUAAUUUAUUGCGCUUCUAUAUGCAGAGCCGCUUUGAUGUACGCCCCGAUUUGGCAUUGGCUGCCACGCUGAAGAAAUACCAGGACAUGUACAACAAUCCGAUUAAGGCCACUAAUUUGGAGCACCGUGAUGUGGUCCUGGAUAUUCUGUCCGAUGCCCGAGUGGUGGGGCCGCUCCUGCAAACGGGCAUGUUCCACGCGGAUGUCAAUCGGCGCAAUUAUAUGUACGUAUUCGGCCAUAACAGCGCCACCGGACCCUAUGCCCACCUACCGCAUAGCAUUAUGGGCGAGGAACUGGCGUUUAUCUUCGGAGCUCCCCUGGCCCCCGCCGGCCCCUUUCCCAGCGGCAACUACACGGUGCAGGAAAAGCUGCUUUCCGAGGCGGUAAUGGCAUAUUGGACGAAUUUCGUAAAGACCGGAAACCCCAAGGCUCCGUGGAAGGGCAUAUUCCUCAACUCCCAUGCCCUUGAAUGGGAUCGUUAUGAUCUGGACUGGCCGGAGUUUAAUAGGAGAGGUCAAGCCUACCUCAAUAUAGGCAUUCCGCCUACGGUGGGCUACAAGUACAGACAGAUCUACAUGAACUUCUGGAACAAGGAGCUGCCCGAUGAGCUCAACCAGAUUGCGGCCAUUCAAGAGCAGCUGCAUGGUCCCGGACACGAGGUGAUCACAGGACACAUGAGCAAAUACGGACCCAGAGACAGUGGAGGUGAGGACCCUGUUCGGACCCUUAAGCUUCUCCUGCAGGAGCCCAGCCUGACUGGGCCCGGUCAGAGCGGCGAGUCCACGGAAACGGCGGCUGAGAACAUGUAUAAUGCACCGCCGACCUUCGGACAUGUCCACAAGGUAAUGGGAAGCAGUGACUUUGAGGAUGUGGUCACCUCUACGAACCCUUUGAAUAACGAAGAGAAUCCACAGCAGCAGCCCCCCGAGACGGUGGCCAAGUCCGAGGCCACUCUGCAGCUGCUGAUAGCCCUGAUAGCCAUCAUCAUAGCCCUGAAUCUGGUCAUUUACGGAACCUUUCUGCUGCGCCAGCGUAGACGAAGGAUCAAGGCCCUGCCAUUUCCGGCUCCCAAAUUGGGAGGACACAUCCUGAGCUACGACGGGGCCAAUGACGAGGAGCUGAAGCGAUGCAGCAAGUCGCGCGAUGGCGACGACAGCUUCGUGCUAGAGAUGACCCGGAAAUCCAACACCUACGAGGCCAUCAAGACGGGCCAGAGGUCGCUCAGUUGCUCCACCGUGGACACCCACACCAAAGUCUGCGAGUGGAUGUCUGGCCAGGAGGCUCCCAAGUCGGGCAGCUUUGCCACGUCCACUCCACCGCCGCCGCCCAUGCUACCAGACGGGCGCCUCAUCAUUUGCCAGGACAUCGAAGUGGCCGAUGCCGCUUUGCUCAUCCCCCAGCACAUGCACGAGCCGCAGCACUACGAGAUGCUGCUGCAGAGGCAGCACUCGGCUCUCACCGAGCCCAGCGACGAUAUCCUGCAGCAGCAGUAUCACUCGCGAACCCACUCCCACUCGCAUUCGGAUCCGGUGGACAUGAUCUUGGCGGCCGACGAGCAGGUCACCAGCUUUGUGCACGCCGACGAUGUGGACAUCAAUGUGACGAGUAGGGAGGAUACCCAUGGCCUGGAGGCCAUUCCCCUGACAACUGCCCAGCAGCUGGAGCUACUGAGGCAGCGAAACUACCCGAAGGUCCUGCCCACCGAACAGGAUAUACGAGAUUGCAGUUACAAGCGCAACUCCCUGCCGCCGCAGAAUUUCAAUGCUCCGAUGCCGCCGCCAAGGACUAUUAGCAGCACUCUGGGCAGAAGGCGAAGGGAUAGCAGUAAUGUCACCACCUCUCCGCUCCAAGUUGCCCGAGACUGUGGAGCCGAGGAGGAGGAGCUAAGGGAACCCCAGAUCACGCAAAAUACUCUAAUUGUGGGACCCAUUGUGCCCAAAUCGCCGGCUACCUCGCUGAAGCGGGCAAGGAGGGCGCCGGAGGCAUCAGCUUCAGCUUCGGCGGCGGCGAUGACCGCGCUCAGUGGAUCCUUUCAGUCCUUCGAGUCGGUGCCACCGGCCCACGAGACCACACCGCCGCAGGGUGAGCGCACCGAGUGCAUUUACGCGAUUGAGGCCAGUCCCACAAGCUGCAGCUGGUCGGCGCCCAAUGGCGACUUGUACGCGCAGCCCAUGAAAUCGCCCUCGAGGACCUCCCUCAUACCCAGGCCCACCCACAACCAGGUGACGGCGCCCGGGGACUGUAGCCAGGCGGCAGGUGGCGGGGCAGCAGAAGGAGUAGGAGUCGGGGAAUCCCCCGGAACUGCAGCAGCGGCCACGCCAAGCCGCAUACCUCAAUUGCAACGCCCAGCUUCCGGCAAGGAUUUCAACACAACAGAGAACAACGCAAAUCCCGUGGGUUGCCAGCAGCGAACCGAUUCCACAAUAUCAUCGGGUUCGUCGGCAUCCAACGCCUCAUCCUGCGACUCAUCCACCUCCUCCUCGUCCACGGGCACUGUACGCACCGAGCUGCAGCAGUUCCAGCCGCAAGGCAGAAGUAUUACGACCAAUAUAUAGAAACACCCGGGAGCAGCAGCAUCAGCAUCAGCCAGCCAAGAAGUCCUCCGGAGGAUUCCCGGGAAGGCGCACCCCGUUGUGCCCGCAAUGCGGCGACAGACUGCUGGCUGCCAAAUCCUAUCCGAUCCUUGUCGGCAGCCCAUCUCCUUGGUUUCCUCGGUCGGAAUUUCAUGGAGCCUGCGUGAAUUUAAUAAUACAUCUCGCUGUAAAGUUUAUCUUGGGCUCGUGGUUAAAGCUCCGACUUCUGGCAUUCUCUGGCCUUUCUGUGGCUAACUUUGUGCCGGCGUAAAAUAGUUGCGAAAAUUGCACUGGAGGUUGCCCUGGAGACUGCAGCGAUGGCUCCCUGUAUUGAUGUAAAGAGCAAUAGCCGUAAAGGAAACUAAUUUCGAGGAACAAAUUGCACAGAAAUGGAGUCUUGUUGGGAAAUAUUUAAAGAAAUAUAUAUAAAGGUUUAUAAACUUUAUGAAUAUAAGCUACAGUAUUUUAUAAAACUAGUUAAAUAUUUUAAAAUAUAACUUUUAUUUAGAGAGUUUAACCAGAUACGAAAUAGGAAAUCAACACAAGGAACCUUUACAAAAUAAAAUAAUAUUAAAAUUAGUUUUUUGUGCACACAAAAACCACACAAAAAUGAAAAAAAAAGUAUUAUAAGUUAACUGAUUUUAUUCAAUAUUUUGUAAGUUAGGUUAACCAUAAGACAACAUGCGCACACUUAGCAGCACAAAAUAGGAGAAAACCACAUCGAUGAAAGCAAUUUGUAUGCGGCUGAUUUUACAUUUAUUCCCCUGACAACCGACAGCAGAAAUGGCUGCAGCAGAAAUUGCCAAUAACAAAUGCUGCUCGAAUUUUGCCACCACUCACUCGCUUACCAGAAGUUGUGUCAACUAUUGUUGCCGCCAAUUUACCAAACAAAAGCUACUUACAAACAUUUUUGCUCCUCUUUUAUGCUCCGGCUGCCGCUGUUCUCCUCCGGGCCAAUUUUUGUUGCCAAUACUUGCUAGCCGGGCUGAGGCAAUUUCGCAGUGCCGCCAACUUAAUUUGCCACAACAUUUCGCCAGCUAUUUCACUUGGAAAAAUAUUUCACGCCCCUCGGAAAUUGUUUGUUGUU